GAGAAAAAGGCCGCCUAUAGCUUCUUUCACGCUCCUUGUGCGUCUGUGCCCCGAGGUAUCACUUUGACGUUAAAGGGGCGGACUCUCCUACACUCCCCUUGCCAGCGCGCGGUGGGUGGACUGGGAAGGCUCGGCUGUAUCUGCUUGAGUAAAUAUGAAGCGCCAUAGCAAGAAGAAGAAUUCCAUUACAAGAAAGAGUGAUGGAAAUAUCCUUUCUUAUCUGAAGCACAGAAAUGAGGCAAGCUCAAGUGCACCCACUCUUAUGAAAGAAACUGGAAAUCAUCCUACAAGAAACACGCUUCCUAGCAGUGAGAAAUCAAUGGAAGAACGAGAAUUCACUGUGAAUUUAGGUGAUGAUGGGAAGGACCACGUGGUGAAAGGCAGUCCCCAUGACAGUGUGCUUUCUGCCCUCAAGGCAACAAGAGAUAUUUGCACCCAUAUGGAGAAAAGCAAAGGCAAAGAGAUCUACUUAAUAGGGAAGAAAGGGAUUAAUGGUUGCAUUAAUCUGGGGAUGCCUCUGAAGUGUAUGCCGGAUGGCUCCCAUUUUGUAAUGAAAUGUUAUAGGGGUCAGCAACUUGGGGACUCUGCUGAGUUACGGUAUCGCCAGCAUGAAAACAGGGAGGAGGAAUGUAUUUUGUUCUACAUUGACCCCAAGCCGGCACAAAGCAGUAAGUUGAUUAGAUGCCGUCAACUUCUUAAGGAAUACUGCAAGCUGUGUGUCUUUGCACCGAAAGGAGAAAGCAUAAAAGAUGCCCUGUGCAGUGAUGGUCGUUUCAAGCCUGAGCUAGAGGAAAAAAACUGGGUACUGAUGGAGGAUAGCAAGGCCAUAGCUAACACUCAUUCAGUUAACGAUUUAUCUAACAAGAUCUUUUAUGUGGAAAUGACGAAAUGUGCGAAAUCUGGUGGUGGUCCAAAUAGCCAACAGAUUGCCCAGGAGUCUCAUGGGAGGCAGCUCCAAACCUGUCAUUAUUUUAAAAGUGAUCUCCUAAGUUUGUAUCCUGGCUUAAAGGAUCAAGAGGAGAUCAUGGAUAGAUUCUUUGCAAAAACCAAGAAGGCACAGAAGCGUAAAAAGGAGGUCCUCAGGGUUUGCAGAGUAAACUAUGGCAAGGAGAUAAGCAAUGCCAUAACGGUUAAGAUGUUAAAGAUGCAGGCAAAUCUCACUCAGUCAGUUGGGUACAUUGAGUGGGGCAUUUCUGGAAAGGAGGGUUCUGCUACUUGCUUUGUGUUGUGUAAUAGGUACAUACUAACUUGCCAUCAUGUGGUAAGAAUGAUCGUUGGAGAAGGGAUUGAAGAAAAGCAAUGGGCAUCUGAAAUCAGCAAGAAGGCCCAGGUGAUUUUCUCUUAUGAAGAAAACCACCCUGAAAAGGAAGACUUUUUUUCACUUGAGGAGUGGUUUGAAAUAUCCAGUGUAGAUCUUGAUUUUGCCAUCCUGAAACUGAAGGAAAAUGGAAACAAAAGUAGACUUCCUACAGGCUUCGUAAAGUUAAUUUCCCCUCCACCAUUUGAUGGUCUUACUUACAUCAUUGGUCACCCAGGUGGAGAAACAAAGUCUCUGGAUACCUGUUCUGUUGUCACUGUGGUUGAGCGACAGAAGGAAUCUGUUCGUCGUUGGCAGCAGGGUACAGAGGCAGAAUGCAGCAGUGCCAACUGUGGUCAGGGUCCCCAGAGGUGUGUCCAUAUGCUCAAUCCAAAAGUUUUCUUAACUGAUUUAAAGAACCCUAAUGUACUAGCCUAUGAUACAUCUUUUUUCGGGGGGUCUUCAGGUUCACCUGUGUUUGAUAGACAUGGUCAUCUUGUUGCAAUGCAUGCUGCUGGCUACGUUUAUAGAAAGAACUCAAAUGAGCGCAGCAUAAUUGAAUUUGGCUUUUUGAUGACAUCAAUCCUCUCAGAAAUUAAAACGAAUCAUGGUGAUUGGUAUGACUCUGAAAUUGGUCCUUUCGUACAAGCCUCUCAUGAUACAGAAGAGGCUACUUUGCCUGUUGAACCUAUGGAUGUGGAUUAAAAGAUCUAUGUUCUAAGAUGACACUUCAGUCUGAAGUUUGGAGGAUAUGCAUUUUGCAUUUUUAAAAAUAGUUAUGCUUCAUUAUAUACAACGCUUUUAAAAACAUGUAUCAUAUAUCAUUUCAAAGCAGUGCCACCCACCCUAGGUUGGACAUCCGGUUCAGAAGGAUAAUAUGGUUGAUGGUAUUGAAAGCCUCUGAGAGAUAAAAGAGAAAGAACAGAAAGUCAGUUUCUUCCAAGAGCACAUGGAUCUGGUCCCCGACCCAAUCAAGAACCUCACCCAAGAAGGGGAGAUUGGUGUCUGAUAAUUACUUAGGCUUUCUGCAUUCAGGGAGGGUUUCUUAAGGAAUGGCCUUGCUACCGCCUGCUUCUAGGAGGCAUUAAACCACCUCCCUGACCCAGCCAGCUUUCUCUUCCCUGCUAGUUUUUAUCAGCCAAGAGGGGCAAGAGUCUAGAGUGCAAGUGCAGAUCCAAGCACCUUGUACACAUCCUCAAGCCUUACCAACUGAAACUCAUCCAACAUAACAGGACUACCGUAGACAUUGCUCUGGACACCCCUUGAGAUUCAUCUGCUGUAACAGUGAAUUCAAGGUCCUGGCAGAUGCAAGCAAUUUUUAUCUUCAAAAUGCUUUACAAACAAAUCACAGUAAUCUAGUGUCAGUUCUUCUAGCUCCUUCAUGCUAGACUGUAAAAGGCCCCAUACCACCUGGAAAAGCUUUGUCAGGCAGCAUGGUGAAGAUUCAAUGGAGUCAGCAAAGUAUCAGCUGGCUAAAUGAUGAGCCUUCACCGGUGUUCAAUUGCAUUCAAGCUGUCUCCUCACUUGUCUCAGUGCUCUAAGCUCUGGAGAAUACUGGGGAGUCAAGUAGACCCCACAAAUUAAUAUAUUUGAUGUAGUAGCUAUUAUCUGACUGGCUUUCAACCAUGCCUAUAUCCCACAAUUACCAGGGUUGUUGAUAAGUUAAGGGUGCAAAGAGUAUGAGUGAGAUUAAAUGGGUGUGUGGAUUUAGGAAAAUCAUUGUAGUAGAAUUUGUAUUGUUUUAAUAAAAUAAGUAAGGAAAUUACCCCAUUUUCCUUGUCACAAAGUGUGUUGACAAAAGAAGUGAAAUAAACUGAAAUAAGGGGUGAAUACAGAUUAGCAGGCUACUACAUGAUUGCUUAGCCAUGUAUAUUACUACACACUCAUUAAAACCUCCCCUCACAUUCUGCUUAUAUAUCUGUUGAAUAAAACAUGCUAUAACUCUCCAAUACUCUCUUAUCCAAAAGAAAUAAAAAUACCAUUGAAUUUCUUAACUCUCAGGGAAUUGGAAUGUGCUGUUAAUUAUCAUUUUUUAAUUUAAAGUGUUUA